UCACUUGGUCCGGUCAGCCUGGAGAGGGGCACACGGAGGGGGGACCUCACCGCGCGCUGCAACUUCCCCCCGAGGGACAGCGCCGAUCUCUGUCCUCUGUGAGCAGUGACAGGGCCCGGGGGAGUGGCUGGAGUUGUGCCAGGGGAGGGUUAGGAAUUUCCUCUGACAAAAAUGGGUGAACCUCAACAAGUGAGCGCCCUUCCUCCACCUCCAAUGCAAUAUAUCAAAGAAUAUACUGAUGAAAACAUCCGUAAAGGGCUGGCUCCAAAGCCACCUCCACCUGUGAAGGACAGCUACAUGAUGUUUGGGAAUCAGUUCCAGUGUGAUGAUCUGAUCAUUCGGCCCCUGGAGAGCCAGGGAAUUGAACGGCUGCAUCCUAUGCAGUUUGAUCACAAGAAGGAGUUAAGGAAGCUAAACAUGUCUAUCCUGGUCAACUUUCUGGACCUCUUGGACAUCUUGAUAAGGAGUCCAGGGAGUAUAAAGCGAGAGGAGAAACUGGAAGACUUGAAACUGCUUUUUGUCCACGUGCAUCACCUUAUAAAUGAGUAUCGCCCUCACCAGGCCAGGGAGACGCUGAGGGUGAUGAUGGAGGUGCAGAAACGGCAGCGCCUGGAGACGGCCGAGCGAUUCCAGAAGCACCUGGAGCGAGUCGUGGAGAUGAUCCAGAACUGCCUGGCUUCCCUGCCUGAUGAUCUGCCUCAUGCAGAGGGGGGACUGAGAGUGAGCGUGGAGCCCAUGGAUGCUGAUGAUGGCAGCAACUGCGUUGGACAGAGCGAAAAGCAGAGGGAGCGCUCUGGUGGCAAGAGAGAUCAGGUUUUGGACAAAGAUGCAGCAAUGUGCAGCAUUAUUGAUGAAAUGACAUGAAGCAAACACCUGGUUUUGUGAAUACACCACAGUGAGAGACAGAAGGGGUUCUGAGGAUACGUGUUGUAUUUUGUUUUGCUUUUGUACAAGCAGACUAAGCAUUUGUUGUGCACCUGUUGGAGGUUGUGAGUGACUGGGCAGAUGAAAAUGUUUAAUGUUUUGUGACCUGUGUUUUUUUGGUAAAAUUGGAAAAGUCUAGUUUUUGUUAACUAUAUCAUGUGAGGUGGUAGGCACAGAUUAAAGUUGGGUUUUCCUGUUGUACU